CAGCGCCUGGUAUUUCCUCUUAAAUGAUGCUAGUAAAGACAAGGUUGUAGUUUAGUUAAUGUUCCUAUCUGUACCCAUUUAUAUGGUAACUACAUUCAUAACAAGAAGCAUCGACCGUGAACUUCUUAGUGUAACUACUAACUCGCAUCAUAAACAAAGAUGUAUAACAUUAAAGAAAAUAAAGACUUGGCGAUUAACUCAAGAUUACUUCUAAAUUCGGACAGAGGAACCUUAAAUCAGCUUUUCAAUGAGCUUGGCGUUGACCCGGGUUCAGUGGACGCCAUGUUGAGGACUAUUCAUGAGUGGUACCAAAAACAGCCCCAUUUGCCAGCAGGACAGUUACAUGACCAGUUCAUUGCCAGACUACUAAUAAUGAGAAAGUUUAGCAUAGAACAAGUGAAACAAAAGAUUGACAACUACUACGCCGUGAGACCUAAAAUGCCAGAAUUAUUGGGUAACAGAGACCUAUUGGAUCCUACUUUGACUAAGUAUAUAAAAGACGGUUUUUGGCUAACGUUACCACGAAAAACGCAAGAAAACCACAGAGUUACAAUAUUGAGAGUGCAAUACAGCGAAGGCGUUUCCGUCCAAGAUUUUGUCAAAGUGCUAACAAUGAUUGUCGACUAUAGAAUGUGGAACGACAGUGUGUUAGGAGAGCAAGUUAUAUUCGACUAUAGCAACGUUACUAUACCAUUAGCGAUGCAGUUUACUCCAGUAUUUAUAAAGAGAGCUAUUUAUUAUUUCACUGAAUGCUUGGGCCCUAAUAUAAAGGGUAUCCAUAUUGUAAAUUUACCUCCGUUUGCCGAAUACAUUCUGUCAGCGGUCAAAAAAUUACUGAAGCCAAAAGUGGUCCAAAGAAUACACGUUUACAAAAAUUUACAAGAGGUUUUAGAAAAAAUUCCAAUAACCAUAAUUCCCAAGGAUUUGGGUGGCACUGACGAUGUAACUUGCCAGGACAUAGCCGAUGCUUGGGAAAAUACAUUAGGUUCUGUUUCGUGGAGAAAUUUCUUUAUACAACAAGAUUCAAUUCACACUGACGAAACCAAGAGGACUGUAAAGAAGAAUUUCCAGGACGAAUUUGGUCUAGACGGAUCGUUUAAAAAACUUAAUAUAGAUUAACCGUUGUGCGCCCUCGCGAUAUGCUUAAAUAAUGUAAAAAUAAAAAAUAUUAACUUGGUUGGGUCAUAAAUUCAGAGCAAAGUUACAAUGGUCUUAAUCGCUUAUAUAGAUAGUUGAGCAUGAGCACAGAAGUUUUUAAGUAUAACUUCGGUUAUAUUAUAUUUUCGUGGAAAUUAUGGGGCCCUAUACAUUCCACUACUCUUUCUCUUUCCGAACAGACUCUACAAGCUUUGCUUUGUUUUAGGCUACGAUGAUAUAUGUAAGAUUGUCCCCAAAUAUUUAUUUAUUAAAUAGGGUCCUGUGGGUAAAUCAAACUGUAACUCAUAUCUUGUAAUCAGGUAGAAAGUUGAAAUUAACACAAAUGUCUAUCUUUAACCCUGGGAGCUUGGAGGUAGGUAUAAGUAAAUGACAGUCCUAUCCUUUUAAUUUUUUUGGCUAAAGGCGGACAGCAUAACAAAGUUCGAACAAUAGAUUUUUAUAUUCGAUUGGAAAACGCCUCUCAAUUAAAAUAAUUCACCCAUACUAUACUCGUAAAUAGUAGAUUUGUAUUUUUAAGAUAACUUUGUAAAAACUUUCUUGUUUAUAGUAAUGCAAUGUAAUGCUAAUCGUGAUGUACAGUCUACGAUAAAUACAUUGGCAUACCGUUUUAUUAGGCA